AAAAAAGAAAAGAACAUUUCUAAAAAAGCAAGUACUUCACUCGGUUUUGCUCUGUUAGCAGUAACUGCUGUCGGCAGCUGAAAGCAUUUAUAAACCAUAACUCACUUUCAAUCUCUCAUUCAUUCUUCUUCUUCUUCUUCUUCCAUUCAAGCUUCAACUAAAUGAAGAUUACAAAAAUGGAGAAUUUGUUAAGUCUUGUAAUAUGCACAUUGCUGUUAGUUAAAGCAGCUGAAGGUGUUACUGUGCCAAUCACUUAUGUUCAAAGUGCAGUACCAAAAGGAGCUGUUUGUUUGGAUGGGAGUCCACCAGCUUAUCACUUUGAUAAGGGAUUUGAAGCUGGAAUUGAUAACUGGAUUGUUCACUUUGAGGGAGGAGGAUGGUGUAACAAUGCCUCUACUUGCCUUGACCGUAGGGACACUCGAUUAGGAUCGUCGAAGAAAAUGGAUACAACACUUUCCUUUUCGGGAUUUUUUAGUAAUGGAAAAAAGUUUAAUCCAGAUUUCUACAAUUGGAACAGAAUCAAGGUUAGGUAUUGUGACGGUUCGUCAUUUACCGGUGAUGUUGAAGCUGUUGAUCCAGCUACCAAUUUGCACUACAGAGGAGGAAGAAUAUUUGUUGCUGUCAUUGAGGAUUUACUAGCAAAGGGAAUGAAAAACGCUAAAAAUGCAAUUCUAUCUGGAUGUUCAGCUGGAGGAUUGACUUCUAUUUUACAAUGCGAUCGCUUUAGAACUUUGCUGCCUGCAGCAGCGAAAGUUAAAUGCGUCUCAGAUGCUGGUUACUUUAUCAAUGCAAAGGCUGUCUCUGGAGCACAACACAUUGAACAAAUCUACAGCCAAGUUGUUCAAACACAUGGCUCCGCCAAGAAUUUGCCUUCAUCUUGCACUUCAAGACUUCCACCAGGGCUGUGUUUUUUCCCACAAAACGUGGCCGCACAAAUCAGUACACCAAUCUUCUUUGUAAAUGCAGCCUAUGACUCAUGGCAGAUUAAGAAUAUUUUGGCACCUGGUGUUGCUGAUCCCCAUGGCACUUGGCGUAGCUGCAAGCUUGAUAUAAAAGAUUGCUCUUCUAAUCAAUUAACCACAAUGCAAGGUUUCAGGACAGAAUUCUUAAAGGCAAUUAGUGUGGUUAGUAACUCUCCAUCUAAAGGAAUGUUUAUCGACGGUUGCUAUUCCCACUGCCAAACUGGAAUGCAGGAAACAUGGAUGAGAAAUGACUCUCCAGUGCUUGCAAAUACAACAAUAGCAAAGGCUGUGGGAGAUUGGUAUUUUGAGAGAAAGGGUUUUCAUCAGAUAGAUUGUUCUUAUCCUUGCAACCCUACUUGUCAUAACCGUGUCUUUGAACAGAAUUAACAACCAACCUAUAACAAAUAUAGCUUCAUUCAAGGACACAUAAUUUAUACAAAACUACACAUGUUAUGAAAAUGAAAAUGUGAUUCAUAAUUUGUAUGAUCUCAAAAUAAAGGCAACUUUAAAAUGAUGUUACAAAUACUAUAUGAAAUAUUGUAAUGUAUGGUAUUACAGUUUGAUGUAUCUAUUGUUUAUUGAAAAGUCAAUAAGGCCCCUUUGAUCGUUGGUUAACAA